AUGGAAUACAAUGGAAAUUCGAAAAAAUGGAAUCGUAUUAGAUGGGAUGAUGAAACGAUACAAAUGAUAUACCGAGAAUGGGGAAAAUUUUAUAGCAAAAGAGAUAUUAUAGACAAAUCAAUUUUAUUUUAUGAAAAAUCAUUGAUGUUCAAUGAAAAUGAUACUGGAUGUUUACAUAAUAAAAGUCUUGCAUUAUUACAAACAGCCAAAAGUGAUAAAGCAAUACAAGAUUCAACAACUGCUCUAGAUUUAAAGCGAUUAGAUUGCCCUAUUAACUUGCAAUAUUCAGAAGCUGAAUUUUAUAAAAAUCGACUUGAGGAAUGUCUUAGCUCUCUACAUAAUAAUUCAAGAAAAUUUGAGGGUGGCAAAUUGAAAGCAUUUAAAGAAAAAAUAUGUGUGAUGGACACGAUAUUUGAUCAAAGCUUAAGUUCGAAACUUGGAACAUUUGCUUUGGAGAAUUACAAUACAUUUCUUAAAGUUGGAGAAAUUAUGAGAAAAGAAGCAGCUUCAGUAAAGCAAAUGAGAUGGAAAGAAUUAUUGGAUGCAGGGGAAUGUGAUGUGGAAAGUAUUGAAAUUGAAUCAGAAAAAUUGCUACACCCACGUGAACAUGAAAGAAGAAAAUUAUCUUACAAAGUAGCAAAUCAAAAAUAUAUUGGACGAAGUUGGGCUGAUUUAGUGUUCUUAUCGAAACUGAGAUAUAAUAAAACUUUGCUAUUAAAACAAACACCCUUUAGUACUAAAGAGCUACAGCAUCAAAUUGAAGACAAAUUUGAACAAGUUACAAAAUUUGUGAAAAUGUUACAAAAUCGUGAUCCAUUAUAUAAUUUAAAAUUGAAAGUGUGUCCAGAUAAGCAGUUACUUGAAAAAGCAAAGCAAGAGCAUUUAUUUCGAAUACAAAGUCAAACAAGGCGUGAUAUGUUUAAUUUUCUAAAGAAAAUCAAAGAACUACGCAAAAAAGAAGAACUGGUUAAACUUCGAAAUCAUGUUGAAAAUUUUAUGAGUAAUUAUACUAUAAUCAAAACAAAGAGGGUUAUGCCAUGGAAAUACGAAUUUAUGUGUGAAGUUUAUAAUACCAUUGCUUUGGCUUAUUUGGACCAACUGAAAAUACCAGAUGAUAUUAUGAACUAUGAAUUAGAAGUUCGAUUAUACAAAAUCUUAAACAUUGUACCUGUAAAAGAAAAAGAAUCGAAACGAUACAUGUUUGGAGAUAAAUCAACUUUUGUUCAACCUGAUGCAAUUGAUUUUGAAUUCGUGGCAUAUAAGCGACGAGUUAGCAGACUAGAGAAAUGGUUAGAAUUUAGUAAAAAUGUUAUUGAAAAAACUUUUAUAUUGCAUUUAAUAUCCCAGUAUCAUUUGGAGCAUGGUAAACUAGAAGAUUGUGUUCAUGACGCUAAGGGUCAUUCCAUAUUUAAUACAGUAAGUGAAUUUAAUCCUGCAACAGAAGAGCAAUUUGCAAAUUUAAAAUAA